AUGCAAUCCAGCACCUCCAACUUGGAAGACGCUCCGGACCCCAACUCCGCCUCCCGGGCCUCCCGCCUCAGGAAUCUAGGACGCGGUUGCAGUGACCAUGUGACCAUCUUGUGUGCACCUUUCUGCGCGCCACUUGGCAGCCCGCCCACCCUUCGAGUGAAGGCCAACGCCGGCGAGACCCAAGCUUGCGGCGGCGGGGCGGGCUGCGACUCAGCCCUCUUCGAGACGAAGCCGGUUGAGGAGGCUGUGUGGGGUAAUGGUAUCACCACUACUUCCAAGAACAUGAUUGCGACGGGGUGA